GAGAGAGAAGGCUGGGAACCAACACCCUCAUCUCGCUCACCCCACACUCACUCCUCACUCACUCCUCACUCACUCCUCACUCACUCACACCCCCUCACCCACGAUCCAAUGGCUCCCAAAGGUGGAGAGCAGGAAAACGUCCUGCAAGCAGUGCUUAUCGCAGACUCCUUCAACGAGCGUUUUCAGCCGCUCACUCACUCCCGGCCUAGGUGCCUUCUGCCACUCGUCAACGUGCCGCUUAUCGAGUACACCCUUGAAUGUCUGGCCAUUUCUGGGGUUCAGGAGGUCUUUAUUGUUUGCAAGGCAAAGUCUGAGGAGAUCAAGAAGUACAUUGGUUCCUCACGAUGGCACAACUCGACGCAACCACGGGUCCGCAUCGUCGUCUCGCAGGAACUGCAAAGCAUCGGUGACGCGCUUCGAGAGGUGGACGCGAAAGGGCUGAUACAUUCCGAUUUCAUUCUCGUCAAUGGAGAUACGGUGGCGAAUGUGGAUUUGACUCGCGCUUUGGAGGCACAUCGGGAGAGGAGAGAAAAGACGGACCGGAAUGCUAUCAUCACCAUGGUUCUAAAGAACGCCUCAAUAGAUCAUCGAUCACGUGCGCGAGGCGAAGAAUCCAUCUUCAUUAUCGACAGCAACACCCAAGAAUGCAUCCACUGGGAAGCCUCCCCACCUUACCCCUCGAAACCCAAAAUCGCCCUCGACGUCGAGCGGAUAGGCAAGCGCACCGAGUUCUCCGUCCAUUCCGAUCUGAUUGAUUGUCAGAUCGAUAUCUGUAGUGUCGAUGUCCCGCCGCUGUUCACGGAAAACUUUGACUGGCAAGACCUCCGUGCCGAUUUUCUGAAAGGCAUCCUCGAGUCUGAACUCCUCGGGAAGACGGUCUACUGCCACCUUCUCGAUGCCGAGUAUGCAACGCGCGUCGUCACACCGAGGAUGUAUGAUGCCGUUAGCAAGGAUGUCCUAUCGCGAUGGGUGUACCCCAUCGUCCCCGAAAACAACAUGCUAGCCGGCGGGACGUACAAGUACUCCCGGCCGAGCAUAUACAAGGAACAGGACGUCAAACUCGACAUCUCCACCAACAUUCACGAACGCACCGCCAUCGGCCGCUCCACAACCUUCGGCGCCAACACCCUCGUCCGCAACUCCGUCAUCGGCGCAAACUGCACUAUCGGCGCAAACGUGACCAUCGAGAACGCGUAUAUUUGGGAUAACACUGUUGUGGGCGACGGGUGUAGGUUGGAGAGGUGCAUCGUGGGGUAUGAUGUUACGUUGGGUGAGGGUUGCAGGGUUGAGAUGGGGGGGAUCGUUGAGGGGAAGGUUGUGAUUGAGGCUGGGACGGUUAUCGAGGCGGAUAAACGGGUUUUUGGGGACGAGGACAACGGGAUCGCGUAUCUGGAAGAAGACGAAGAAGAUGACGAGGAUGUGGCGCGGAAUAUCCGGUUAGGUUGGAUCGGAGCACCCACAUCCCACGACCCCGCCGCCGACGACAUCGACCUCUCCUACAACUCCGACGACUCCGACUCUGAUUCCGACGACGAUGUCGAGGAGACCGGCGACUGGAAAUCCGAAGCCCACGCAACCCUCUCCCGCGCCUUCACAGAAUCCCACUCAAUCGACAUUGCAGCCCUGGAACUCAACACCCUGAAAAUGGCCAUGAACAUCUCGUUUGCGGAUCUGAGGAGUGUGGUUGUCCCCGCGAUUCUGAGUCAAGUGGACUCCAAACAGAUGCCCGGCAGUGCAAAGAAGGUGCUUGGAAGAUGGGGGCGGCUGGUCAAUAAGUUUUCGUUCUCGGGAGAGGAUCAGGCGGAGUGUUUGGAGAUUAUUGAGGACUUUGUCGCCGAAAACCCCGCUUACAUCCCCCACACAUCCAACCUCCUGCACAUCUUCUACGAGCUCGAAGUGCUUAGCGAGGACGCCGUUUUGGCCUGGUGGGGAACGUUAGCAAAGAAGGACGGCCUCAGGGGACGGGUGAGGGAUUCGGCAAAGGCGUUUGUGACGUGGCUACAGGAGGCGGAGGAGGAGGAGAGUGAGGAGGAGGAGAGUGAGAGUGAGGAGGAAGAAUAAAGAACCACCCAUCGGGGGGUCAGUUACUGUAGUGGAUUGCGGCGCAC